UCUUCCAUCUUUAAUUUUUUCUCGUCCUGCGUUUGGGGUGUGUUCGCUGCGCAAAAAGCCAUAAAAAUAAAAAAUAAUUAAGCCAGGAAAACCUAGUGGAAAGUUAACCGAUCCAGAGGAGUAAAUAGCCACUGGCAAACAGGGGGCGUUAAACCGAAAACAAUCCAGAGGUAGAAAGUCACACAGAUCUCCAGCGAUAAUGCCACGCUACCGGGAAUGGGACUUGGCCUGCAAAGUGUACGUGGGCAAUCUGGGCUCCUCGGCAUCCAAAUACGAGAUCGAGAAUGCCUUCAGCAAAUACGGUCCCUUGCGCAACGUUUGGGUGGCCCGCAAUCCGCCCGGAUUCGCCUUCGUCGAGUUUGAGGAUCGCCGCGAUGCUGAGGACGCAACCCGUGGAUUGGACGGAACCCGCUGCUGUGGCACUCGCAUCCGAGUUGAGAUGUCCUCCGGUCGUUCCCGUGAGGGACGUGGCGGCGGAGGAGGCGGAGGCGGGGGCUCCGGCGGCGGCGGUGGCCGUGGCGGAGGCAGUGGCGCCCGAGCUGGAGGCGGUACAAGGGCCGGCGACGGCGGCGGUCGUUAUAGGAUAAAGUCUUCUUCUUCUACUACAACAAGCACAACAAGAACUACUACAACAACAACAUCAAUAAUAAUAAUAAUAAUUAAAAGAACAACAGCAAAAAAAGAAAAAACAACAACAGCUACUACUACUAGAACUUCUACUACUCCUCUUCCUUCAACAACAAUAAGAACAACAACAACAACAGCUACUACAAGAACAACUAGUACAACAACAGCAGAUCCUGCUCCUCCUUAUACACACAUUUCACCAACAACAAGAACAACAACAGCCACCACCACACCACCAUGCAAUUUGUUGUGCGGCCCCAAAAGUCAGAAAUUCAACAAAUUCGAUAUAUUCCGCUGACAGAACGAGAACAAAACCGAACGACUGCAACACUACACUCCCUCCACCAACCUGUUCAGCUCAACCCAGGCCAAAUAAAUCAGAAAAAAUAUCAUCAGCAACGUCUCCGGCUGCGCAGCUACAAGAAUAAUGCACCCAAAACCAGUCUAAAACCACUCACCUACAUCGCACUAUAGGGAAAACGACCAAAUUUAUUUUUAUUUCUGCUAGGGUCUUGACAAGGAGGCCACUAUUUUAAUUGUUAUUGGCAAAUUAAUAACAUAGCAAUGAUGUUUUCAGAAAAAGUAGAACAGACCCACUUUCUGAAGGGUCUUGUUAAAUUACACAACUUGCUGAAUGAUUUCAACUAAACUAAAGAUUUAAAUAUAAAAAUAUACAUACUUCUACAAAUUUGCCAACUGUUAUUUGGUGCGCAAAAAUGUAAACAUUUUACAAAAUACAAUUAACGUUAAGCUACCCUAUUUGUCGUUAAAAAGUGGUCGUUUUCCUUUAAGUGCAGACUACAUUUCCACAUCAUUAAUAGUCUGUUAGUUGACCCCAUCUUCAGGCUACACACACACAGACACACACACAUACACAAACACUCUGCCAUUAACCACACUAAUCACGAAGAACCACAGCGAACCGGGCAUCGGCGGCAACAGAGCAACUUCAUCAAGAAUCCAACUCCAAUAUGUAUCUAUGCAUAUAUAUCUAUAUAUAUAUACACUCACCAGUCCAGCAACGCUUCAAAAAGUCAACUUCCUACGCCUCCAAGUUCUGCGGUUGUCUUCAGCCUGCUUCCUUCGUCCCCAAAAAAAAAAAAAAAAAACAGAAAAAAAAAAAUGAACCACCCACCACCUCAUCAUCCGUCAUCUUUAGUGCAGCUACAGCAUCAGCAACAAGCUACAGCUACAAAAGACCAACUGCAGCAAGAGCUUCUACUUCUACUACUACAACAUCUGGCGGCCAGUCAGCAAAAGUGCGGCAGGGGGUCGCACAGAUCCCCCAAAUGCAGACCU